AUGGAUCAAGUUUCAAAAGAUGGAUCAAGUCUCAAGGAGGGGCCGACCCGUUAUAAGGCUGCAUCGGCUCGAGCGCUGUUUCACAUGGUCUCAAACAAAGUAUAUAUGUUUGACCCACGUCGAAGUGCAGACAGCCCCCACCCACUUUCCCCGUCGAUACCCAACGAAUCCUUUUGGAAGCAGCCCCCCGUCCAAAUGACAUCCACAUCCCUCAACUCGCUCUGUCACGACUGUGCGAGUCUCGAGCUCCAACCCGGCUCUUCCAUCGCCGGCCAACCGCCAACGACGACGUUCCGGACCAGCCUCCGGGCCGUGGAAGAGUCGGCUCGAGCCGGGUGCCACGUCUGCACGCUCGUCUUUACGAGAAUCGCCGGCCCGAACGAUUUCUGGACGAGGGAGCCCGAUGGCAGGGUCAGGUACGAAUACAUGCUCGGCGAGGCCGGCGGCCCGCCGCAGCUGCGUGUGAAAUGGGGCCUGUCGUCUGUCAAGUUCAACGUCUCCUCCCUCUCUGAUCCGUCGGAUCCGCCAGUGUUACCACAUGAUUCACUCCAAAUAUCCCCCAAAUCGGAGCUCAUCUUCUCGAUGAUAUCAAAUUGGCUGGGUACCUGCUCCGCCUCGCAUCAGAACUGCCAUCCGACUUCCCCAAGCACCCUACCCCGUAGGGUAAUCAACGUAGGAAGCGCUUCCGAAUCGCGGGAUCCCUACCUGUGGGUGACCGCCGGGGAGCUGGGGAACUAUGCAGCCCUCAGCUACCGCUGGGGCACCUCCCCAACCCUGACGACCACCACCCACAACCUGACCGCCCACACACAGGGCAUACCCCUGGAAGACUUCCCGGCCACGCUGCGCGACGCCGUCCUCGUCUGUCGCGCGCUGGGCCUCCAGUACCUCUGGGUAGACGCCCUCUGCAUCAUCCAGGACUCGGCCCCGGACUGGGCCGAGCAGGCCGGGCAGAUGGCUGGCAUCUACCAGAACGCGCAGCUGACUAUCUCCGCCGACAGCGCAGAGAGCAGCGGCGCCGGCUUCCUCGCGGACCGCGACCCGCAGGCGAUUCGGAGCUGCUCGUACCCGCAGGCGGGGAUGACGGUGCAUCCUGAGAUCGCGGAUGUCUUUGCAGUCGUGGACGCGGGUGGCCUCAGCCGUCGCGGGUGGGUGUUGCAGGAGCGCGUCUUCUCGCGCAGGGUGGUGCACUGGACCAGGUUCGAGGUCGGCUGGCAGUGUCGAGAGAUGCAGGCGUCGGAGCGGAAGCCCGGUGGGCAGCGGAACGUGACGUGGCUGGGCUCGAACGUGAGGAAGAUGUUUGUGGCGCCGCCAGUGCCGGCCGAUGCAGGUCGUCCCGGAGACGGCGCGCGAGACGUCUACAGCGCCUGGUACCAGCUGGUGCAGGAAUACAGUAGUCGACUCCUGACGUACCCUGACAAGGACAAGCUAGUCGCUCUAUCCAGCAUCGCCCAGACCUUCCACAGCAGAUACAAGGACCUCUUGGGUCCCGAAGAGUCGUACAUCUCUGGUCUAUGGAGGGGUGAUUUAGCGAGAGGGCUCUCCUUCCGGUACGGCACAGGGACCUACGGCAGACAACAAGUCGGUCUCCCCCAAGUCGAGGUUUGCAACCUAGACGAUCCAUCAACAUGGACGUACCGCGCGCCCUCCUUCAGCUGGACGAGGGGCGAGGGCGCGGCGGAUUGGGAAUAUCGAGGAGGGGCAGGACCUAGUCUCCCAGGGUACGAUGUCGAGGUCCUCAGCGUCCACAAUGUUACCACCGGGGGCAAUAGAUGGGGUGCGGUGGAGAGCUGCUGGAUCAUGUUGCGAGGGGUCGUUAGUUCCAGAGAGACGAUGCGCGCCGAGGUUGGGGAGUUCUUUGAAAGGAACAUCUCAGGGACCUCUGUAUAUCCGGUUGAUGGUUAUGCAGAACCCCGACGGCGAGUUGGUGCAGACCUGGCUAGCGAUCUAUCCGACGGGCGAGACAGGCGAGUAUCGUAG